CUUAUAUUCCAGAUAGGAUCCUGUAAUUAAUAAGAGACAGCCACAUUGAGCCAACCGAACCACGAGGAGAGUUUCAUCAGCACUUCCCAGGUGUAAACCAUGGUGCAUACUAUUAAAGAUAUGGAUGAAUUCAAAACAUUUCUGAAAGCUGCUGGAUGCAAACUUGCGGUGGUAGAAUUUUCAGCAAAAUGGUGUGGUGCUUGCAAAAGGAUUUGUCCUCUGUUUCAUGAGUUAGCCCAAACUUAUCACAUCAAAGCAAUACCCACAUUUCAGAUGUUCAAGCAAGCCCAGAAGGGCCCCAUCUCCAGGCCUAGACCAAUCAGUGAGCUCCAUCCCCAUCAGAAAUGCCUUGACUCCAGUCAAGCCAAGCCAAACCCAACCAGAGCUAAUUCCAGGACUUUCUUAAGCAGCCAGCUAAAAGCCUUCUCUUUUGAUGUACUGGAUUUGAACUUGGGAAGAUAUCGGGCUGAAGCUACUACAGCCAGCUUGCCAUCACAAGGAACCUGGAAAUCAAGCCACCAUACAGAGGAAAGCAGAGUCAAGACAAGAGGUAACCCUAUUCUCAAGACUCAAAAGAGCAAUUUGCUGUUGUAGAAGUGGAUUCGUGGGCAAGCCGAUUUUUGAGUUUUGUGGAGCUGAUGCUGAGAAAUUGGAAGCAAAGAUUCAAGAACUAAUGUAAGCUGAUCUCCAAAAUACACUUGCAACCUUUUAAACGGCUCACAGCAAAUGUGUUUGUGUUUUUAUUUCCAGCAAAUACUGUGAUGUUCUAUUGGUCUCUCUCCUAAUGCUUUACAGGUUGAAUUCCCUAUUGCAACCUCACUGCAAAUUGCUUAAAACUCUUGCACUAUCAGAGAUUGUGUCAUUUCCAUUCUCUAACUUAGCCU